UGUCGAGGCGCAGCGCACUCUACGGCGAUAAUCGGGCAGAGAGAGAGAUAGAGAAAAUCAGAAAGAGAGAGAAAUAGCAAGUGUAGAAUUUCUCUCCCACGCACGGCACGCAUAUCAAACGAUCGGAUGUGAUCGGUCACCCUCGACGACAGGCUAUCGCGCUAUCGAGCACAUUCAAGUUCGUCAAACCCACCUGCGCUGCUGGAGCAUUUAAAUAGAUAGAGAGGAGAGACACGAGAGAUCAGUAACUUGCCAACGGGAUAGGGAAAUCGCGAACAGUCUUCAAGUGACCCGAGUGCCCCGUUCAAAGAUCAUCGUUUUUGAACAAGAGAUAACUUUGAGAUUCACUGAUAUCACGGUACAUUGGCAGCGAGGCACCAUGUGUGUACGUACAUUGGUUGGUAACGAAACGAUGUUACUCGAUUCGAAGAAAAAAAGCGGCAAGUUGUCCCGUGCCAAGGAAAAGUACACGAAACUUCACGAGGAGAUGCUGGAGAAAGAGGAGCUCCUGCGUCAGCGAGAGCAGGAGAGAAACGCGCUCUAUCUGGCCGACAAUGUCCUGACCGCGAGCACGGUUCACUACAGCCUGCUGUUGAAGAAGCUUACCAAGUACUACGAGAUCGUGGGUCACUCCAAAGCGUUCAAAAUCCUCUUUCACACAACACAACCCACUCACGUAAUCGUGAUCGCAGCGGUCUUGUUUGUUGCAUCGCUCCUUGUUUCAACAAAGGGAAAAGCACAGGCUUCUAGCUAUUCUUAUUCAAGGAUAACGUCCUUCAUUUAUCUUGCAUCCUUCGUCAUACAUUUUGGUGCGCAAAUUUGGAUGACCUUCGUAUCAGGUUUAUCCUUAUACUUUGCAUUACCACGACACGCGUUUGGUGAGGUGCAGCGUGUUCUAUUUCCGAGAUAUUUUACGAUUAACGCAUGCUUGAGUCUCACCACUCUCCUCAUAUUCGUCAAACACCAUCCGACGUGCACAUGGGACGCCGAAAUUGCUAUUCAGGUCGGUGCGAUGUCCGGAGCCUUCUUCCUGGAAUUGUUAAUUCGUCUCUACCUAACACCUCCGCUGCUCCAGUUGAUCGUGCUGAAAAACAACUUGGAACGCGCGGCAGGUGUUGGAAACGAGAUUGGCGGUUACAACACCGGACCGCUAAAAAACUGCCCGCACUACUUGAAGAUUCAUCAAGCGUUCCGCCGCGUACACGUGUCUGUCGCCAUGGGAAACAUGCUCACCAUGGGAUGCACGAUUCUUCACCUUUACUAUAUUGCGAGUAAAUUAUGUGUUCUGUAAGCAAUUUCGAAAAAUUUGUAUACUCGAUUUUUCGAGAGUUUAAAGAAAAUCCUCAAUAGAAUCUGGAAAAGUGUCUUAUACAAUGAUCACAUAAAGUAUCGGCGAGUUCAGACACUUCGCGAUGCAAGAUAUGAUCUUACCUGCCAUUAAAGUUACUCGCGAUAAUAGAUUACAUAAAUCUUUCAAUUACUUUGAAUUUUACGUCUCGAGGAUAUCGAGAAUUGUAGUAUUCUAGUAUUGAGUAUUCUAGUAUUCAGUAUUCUAGUAUUCAGUAUUCUAGUAUUGAAUAUUCUAGUAUUGAGUAUUCUAGUAUUGUAUUCUAUUAGUCUGAGUUUAUUUUAUAUUGAAAUAGAGUAAACACACUCAGCGAAGUCACAUACAAUAGUUGUUAUUUACGCGAUAUAAAUUCACAUGUUGUUAUUUUGAGAGAAAAUCAGACCGAGACGAGAGGAUAAAAGAUGAAUUUUAACAUUUCUCGUAAAUAUAUGAUCUGCUUACAA